GUGUUGCAGGGGCCAUUGAUGAGAGUGCACUCCAACUCAAAACAUUGACUUUCUCUCUCCUCUCCACUUCAUCCUUUGAGUUACACUUCUGUGUUGGAUUAUUGAUUGUUUUGCACGGCAAGGGGGGUGAUUGUGGAGGACCGACAGAAGGACACGUCAAAGAGAGCCAUCAUUAUUGACACUCUUGUACUCUUCACCUUCACCUGUGUGGGAUCUUCAGAUGGAAUAAUGCCUUCAUGCUGGAGUAGAAGAUCCUCCUGGCUUCCAAUUGUGAUUGCUGCCACUCUGGUUCUAGUUGCUCUCGCUCAUGUCGGACCCAACCGGAACAAAAGGGAGGCUGGCUCGUCCUCCUGCUUUGGGGGCUUUGACCUCUACUUUGUCCUGGAUAAAUCCGGGAGUGUGCUGAACCACUGGACUGAAAUCUACCAUUUUGUUGAGCAUCUCGCUCAUAAAUUUAUAAGUCCACAAUUAAGGAUGUCGUUUAUUGUGUUCUCCACUGAAGGAGAGAUUUUAAUGCGCCUGACAGAAGACAGGGAGCGCAUCCGCAUAGGUCUGGAAGAGCUCCAGGGGGUUCAUCCUGGAGGAGACACCUUCAUGCACGAGGGCAUCCUGAGGGCCAGUGAGCAGAUCUACCAUGGCAACACAGAAGGUUAUCGCACCGCCAGCGUUAUCAUAGCUCUGACAGAUGGAGAGCUGCAUGAGGAUCUCUUCUACUAUGCUGAGAGAGAGGCCAAUCGAUCGCGAAGUCUGGGUGCCACCGUUUACUGCGUAGGAGUGAAGGACUUCAAUGAGACUCAGCUGGCCAAAAUUGCUGACAGUAAGGACCAUGUAUUCCCUGUCAACGAUGGAUUUGAGGCUUUGCAAGGGGUCAUUGACUCUAUCCUGAAGAGGUCCUGCAUUGAGAUUCUGGCAGCUGAGCCCUCCAGUAUCUGUGCAGGAGAGUCCUUUCAGGUGGUGGUGAGAGGAAAUGGAUUCCUCCAUGCCCGCAAUGUUGAUAAAGUCCUGUGCAGUUUUCGCAUCAAUGACACCGUUACCAAGAUGGUGAAACCUUUGAUAGUAGAAGAUACAUAUCUUCUUUGUCCAGCACCAGUGCUUCAGGAUGAGGGAAUGGCAGCAAAUCUUUAUGUCAGUAUGAACGAAGGUCUCAGUUUCAUCUCCAGCUCGGUCACCAUCACGACAGUGAGCUGCUCUGAUGGGUCCAUCCUGGCCAUCACUCUGCUCAUCCUCAUGCUGCUUCUCAUCUUGGCUCUACUAUGGUGGUUCUGGCCCCUCUGCUGCACUGUGAUCAUCCAUGAGCCGCCACCACCUAUUGCAGAGGAGAGUUCGGAUGAUGAAGACGAUGACACCCCAAAGAAGAAAUGGCCCACAGUUGAUGCUUCCUACUAUGGAGGAAGAGGAGUUGGGGGAAUCAAAAGGAUGGAGGUUCGCUGGGGUGAAAAAGGCUCCACUGAAGAAGGAGCAAAGCUGGAGAAAGCCAAAAACGCCAAAGUAAAGAUGCCUGAGCAGGAUUACGUGCAGACACCCACGAGGGUUCUUAACAAUGGCAUGCACAAACCCCUGGGGGCCCACAAGUGGUACUCUCCUAUCCAGAGCAAGUUGGAUGCAUUGUGGGCCUUUUUAAGAAGAGGCUACAACCGUGUGUCUGUAAUGAGACCUCACCCAGGUGACAAGGGCAGAUGCAUGAAUUUCAUCCGUAUGAAGUCUGCACCUCACUAUGCACACUACAAUCCGCACUCAUCUCCCAUCUACACCCCUCCCUGCAGGAGUCCACCUGCCCCACAGGGCACCCUGCCGCCAACUCCCACUAGUCCUCCAUCAUCCCCCAUGUUCAUUGCUACCCUCCCCUUCUUGCCUCCAGCACCCUUUGACCCCUCUCCCUCCCCUCCCGUCACACCUCCCUAUUACACCCCGCCUUCAAAACAGGCUCUGCCCCCCACCGCUUUGCACAUAUCGGCCGCGCCCGAGCUGCCGCUAACCCCUCCACCGCCCCUCUCGCCUUCUGGGACCCUGCCACCCCUACCCCAAGGCCCCCCACCAGUCCGAGCCCUGCCCCCUGCUCGCCCCCCGCCGCGCCCUGGCCUGUAGUUCAUAAAAAGAAAGUACCGCCUACAAAAAUGAGCACAAGAGAGCAAAGCAGCAGGCUGUGGCCUUCAAAGGACAAUAAGGACCUGCUUACUGCUAGUUGCCUACACUGACUCUUCUUGCCCAACAGUGCGAUGGAUGCUCUGGUGUUUGAAUUACAGUGCGGACACUCUAAACGUGUCAACUUCCUGUCUAGCAGAGGUAUUGUGGACUCAAAACAGACUUAGACGAUUUUCACAUGUCUUUAUAUUAUUGAAAGCUGAGCAAUUUGCAUGUUAUUUCGGUGCCUUCAUUUCCCUUGUUACAGUAUGUACGCCGUAUUGCUGAUUUCCAUUUGGACUUUUUAUCUUGGAAAUUGGCUGAGUUUUCAGGUGAAAAGAGAGUGUCCUCAUCAUGUUCCUCACUGUGCUGAUGCAGCAAAGAUGUGAGUCACAGCUGACCUCUUUUAUUGCACGUCACAGUAAACAUCCCAGGACUUGGACAAUGUAACAUUUGGCACAUUGAUGUUCAACUCUGCAAUCACAGAUGCAAUCCUUCUAUCAAGAUGUGGAGAGAAAUGGACUGGAAUCAGGGAAAAAAAAGACUUACUUACAGCUUUUACCAUUUAAAAGUGCCUCAAAUAUACGUCAUGUGCUGCUUAUCUAUUUGGAAAAGGGCUUCUUCCUCCUAUCACGUGACAGUGCAGAAAUGUAAGGAGGGUACAAAGCCUUCAAGUGUGCUCGCUUAUUGGUAAGAACCACGAACAAGUACAAAACUGCAUCUAGGAGACACAAACAUGCUGAGCCCCACCCUUACAAUAACUCACAAAUACACAAACAGUACACCCCUUACAUUUCAGCAACCAUUGUAUCACAGUAUAUCUUCUCAAAGGCCAGUUCUAAAGGAAUGAAAGUUCUCCUGGGAGCCAGAAUGCUCUCUGGUGGACAUGCAUAACAGGGAUAUUAGUAUAAAGCGUAAGGUUUAAAGCGUAGAAAAAAAGUAGUGGUUUAUUAGGGGUUCUCAAAUGAUUUUUCAAAUUUUUAUUUAGUCUGAUUCUAAAUAGACUCAGAAUAAAUUUUUUUAAAAAUAAGUAUAUUUUUAUAUACGUACAUAUUUUUAAGAACCAAUUAAAAAACAACAGUUUUUUAGGCCAUCUCUGUGCUCAAUGUGCCGUAUACGCCAUACGUCAGCACACAAGAAAAGCUUUUAUAAACUGUGUGUAAACUGUUUUAUCUUAAAAGGUUUUACACAAACUAAUAUAAUGGAAGAUUCAGUUUGAAUUUAGAAUCACGUAGAAUCGAGAAUUGAUUCAGAAUCUAAUCGUCAACCCAAGAAUUGGAAUUGAAUCGAAUCAUGAGUUGUUGUUAGAUUCACAUCCCUACGGUUAAUAGUCCGGAAAUUACAGUAAUUCUCUAUUGUUUAUAAUCGUAAUGUGAACGUCUGGACUGCAACCAAUGUUGCUGCUUUGCGAUUGCAUUUUUAAGUCACUUGAAAAAACUUUACAAAGAAAGCCGGCAGGAGUCAACAUUGCACACGGACAGCCCAUUGGAAGCUAAACCAACAAAACCCAAGAGGAAUUGGUGCCAAAAAGAGGGAAGAGGAACUGCUUUUGUUUGGCUUUCAAAAAGUCAAACGCCAACCAAACAACUAUAAUUUGCAAAACAUGCCGCAAACAAGCCGCUAUUAGCCCACAUAUAUUCUUUUUCCAUCAAUAAAAUGUGACAAAGUACUAACAUUACCUUGAAACCCUAAAGUGAUGAAAAUAACACACCGAACAAGCCUUACACAGUAAUAUCCAAUAGCACCGUCUAUGACAAGCAGUCCUCGCAGACACAGCAAAAUAACAGAUGCUAUCUCUAAAUUCAUAUUUGUAGACAUGACAUACAGUAGUAUACACUGUUGAAAAGAAGGGCUGGCACUAAUAAUACUCCUUACUCUUUAUUUUAAAUAAAUACAAUGUGUUUUUAAUAAAAGAAGAAAAGAUAAGCAAAAUGUCAUUCAUUUUGUGUGUAUACUGUACAUAACAUGUUAAGAACAAAAAAUACUUUAUUGUGAUAUAUAUUGUGCAGCAUGGUGGAACAGUGGCUAGUGCUCUUGUCGCACAGCGAGAAGGUCCUGGGUUUGAUUCCUGGGCUUGGGGUCUUUCUGUGUUGAGUGUACAUGUUCUCCCCCUCACUGCGUGGGUUCCCUCUGAGCACUCCGGCUUCCUCCCACCUCCAAAGACAUGCACCUAGGCAUAGGCUGAUUGGCGACAAUAAAUUGGCCCUCUUGUGUGAAUGUUGUCUGUCUAUCGGAGUUAGCUCUGCAAUGAGACACCCUUCCUACUGCCUGAGUGCUGCUGGGAUAGGCUCUAGCCCCGCCGCAACCCCGAUUUUGGUGACAUUUUUUAUCGGAAAUUGAGGCACAACUGUAACAAACAUCAGUUGCUUAAAUGUGAAGGGUGGUCUCAUCUCAAAUGAAUGCCUUACUUCUAAUGGUGCAUGUGGUUAAGUAAACAAAGAGCACCUAUGUAUUUGGGAAAAUACAGUACUGUAGUGUCACAGUAUGCUUAGAUGUUUGUAUUUAAGACAGAACCUAUUGGCAAUAAAAGCACAGUUUCUAGUUCAUGUUUUUUUAAAGAUACUCACAGUCAAGCUUGCAAAAAGCAUGCAUGUAAAAUGCUUAGUGUAUAUAUUAAUUAUUUUGUGUUGUAUUUUAUGAUGCUGAUGAAUGUGCACAUUUGAAUUUCAUAUAAAAAUGAAAGAAACAUGUAUACUUUCCACUGACAGUAUGUUUAAAAAAUAAAAUAAACUGUGUAAAUA